GGCCAAUGGAAAUGGCGCCAUUCUCAACGCCAUCCGAACAAGAACUGUAUUUUUUUUUCUCUUUCCCGAGGGAUGAAACGCCCAUUUCAAGAUCCCAUGGGACACCGCUGCUGCUGGGCAAGGGGAACCGACACCGAUGAUAGUCAGUUGAAGGGUGGUUUGUAAUCAACACAGAAACACCCCCACUUGGUGCUCCAUGAUAACGAUGCGUUUUAACACGGCUUCUGGCCUCCCAGAACGGGGAAUAUAAAUGCUAUAAGCGCCCUUCUUCCCUCAUUGCCCUUUUGUCGUUUCCUGUUCUCUAUCCAUCUGUCUGUAUACCUCAUCCCAUCCACCAACAACAAACAUCAUCAAGAUGGCCGACUUCACCCAGAAGAAGACCUCCUCCCCCGCGGCCCCGGGUGUUCCCUUCUACACCCCGGCCCAGGUCCCCGCCGCCGGCACUCCCCUCCCCUCCACCCCCGGCGAUGUCCCUACUCUCUUCACCCCUCUCAAGAUCCGUGGUGUUGAGCUCCAGAACCGCUUCGCCGUUGCGCCCAUGUGCACCUACUCUGCCGACGAUGGCCACAUGACCGACUGGCACCUUGUCCACCUGGGCUCCUUCGCCCUCCGCGGUGUCCCCCUCACCAUCUUCGAGGCCACCGGCGUCCUCCCCAACGGCCGCAUCACCCCCGAGUGCUCUGGUCUCUGGCAGGACUCCCAGAUUGCGCCCCUCAAGCGCAUCGUCGACUACAUCCACUCCCAGGGCCAGAAGGCCGGUAUCCAGCUUGCCCACGCCGGCCGCAAGGCCUCCACCAAGGCCCCCUGGCACUACCAGCGCGGCAAGAGCGAGCUUGCCGGCCCCGAGCAGGGUGGCUGGCCCGAGAACGUCUGGGCCCCCAGCGCCAUCAGCUACAACGAGGAGACCUUCCCCUUCCCCAAGGAGAUGACCGUCGAGCAGAUCCACGAGCUCGUCGAGGCCUGGAAGGCGUCUGCCCAGCGUGCCCUCAAGGCCGGCUUCGACCUCAUUGAGAUCCACGCCGCCCACGGCUACCUCAUUUCCGAGUUCUUGAGCCCCAUCUCCAACCAGCGUACCGACCAGUACGGUGGCUCCUUCGAGAACCGCACCCGCGUUCUCCGCGAGAUCAUCUCGGCCGUCCGCUCCGUCAUCCCCGAGGACAUGCCCCUCUUCGUCCGUGUCUCCGCCACCGAGUGGAUGGAGUACACCGGCCAGCCCUCGUGGGACCUCCAGCAGACCAUUGAGCUCGCCAAGAUCCUCCCCGACCUCGGCGUCGACCUCCUCGACGUCUCUUCCGGCGGCAACAACAAGGACCAGAAGAUCAACGUCCACACCUACUACCAGAUCGACAUGGCCGAGCAGAUCCGCGCGGCCGUGCACGAGGCCGGCAAGCAGCUCCUCGUCGGUGCCGUCGGCUUGGUCACCUCGGCUGAGAUCGCCAAGGAGACCGUCCAGGAGAAGGAGGAUGGCAGAGUCACCAUCCAGCGCGAGAACGGCGCCAAGACUCGUGCCGAUAUGGUCCUUGUUGCCAGGCAGUUCUUGAAGGAGCCCGAGUUCGUCCUCACUGUCGCCGACGAGUUGGGUGUUGAUGUCAAGGCCCCUGUUCAGUACCUCCGUGGUCCUCUUAGCAGCAGGCCCAAGAAGUUGACCACUGUUCCUUAAAUUAUUUGAUGAUGAUGGAAACGACUCAAAAAAGAAAAAAAAAAGGGAUAGAAGGGGCGUAACGUUUUCAGCUUUGGAUAGAGUAUAGAAAGAGCGCUAGAUACCACCUUUUAUAUGAAGCAUUUUAGAUCCAAUUUGUUCUG